GAACUGGAGCUCGCCAUCCCGUCGCAACUGAACCUCAAACGGGCAUCCGCCAACAACGAACACCAGCACAACUUAAUCGUUUCCAUCACUGCCGCUGAGAUCAACGAGUUCAGAUCGUGCGGCACUUUUGCGACCCCAUCAUAUAAUUCUCAGCACCCCUUUGAGUCUUCCACCACACUUUCAAGAAUCGCGAAAGGCGGACCGUCAACAUGGGUCAAAAUCAGUCUGGCAUGGGCGGAGGCCAGGACCCUUCAAAGUCCAAGAAAGAUAAGAAAGAUAAGCCCAAGUACGAGCCGCCGCCGAAGCCUACCACCCGCAUCGGUCGCAAGAAGAAGAGACAAGGCGGUGCCAGCGCUGCCGCCAAGCUCCCCUCAGUGUAUCCGACAAGCCGAUGCAAACUCCGACUCCUACGAAUGCAACGAAUCCACGAUCAUCUACUGCUCGAGGAAGAAUAUGUCGAAAAUCAAGAACGUCUACGCAAGGCGAAGACCGCCAAGGACAGCAAUGCUCCUGCGUCCGAGCUCGAGUCUUCCGACCGUAUGGCUGACGAGCGCUCCCGUGUCGAUGAUAUGCGUGGCAGCCCCAUGGGUGUCGGUGUUCUCGAGGAGUUGAUCGACGACGACCACGCCAUCGUUUCCAGCACAUCGGGGCCCGAGUACUACGUUAGCAUCAUGAGCUUUGUCGACAAAGACCUUCUGGAGCCCGGCGCCAGCGUCCUGCUACAUCACAAGAGUGUCAGCAUUGUUGGCGUGCUCACCGACGACACGGAUCCGGCCGUCAGCGUCAUGAAGCUUGACAAGGCGCCCACGGAGUCGUACGCGGAUAUUGGUGGCUUGGAACAGCAGAUCCAGGAAGUUCGUGAAUCAGUUGAGCUUCCAUUGCUGCAUCCGGAGCUCUACGAAGAAAUGGGUAUCAAGCCACCCAAGGGUGUCAUUCUUUACGGUGCUCCCGGUACCGGUAAGACCCUCCUUGCCAAGGCUGUGGCAAACCAAACUUCGGCAACGUUCUUGCGCAUCGUUGGUAGCGAGCUUAUCCAAAAGUAUCUUGGUGAUGGUCCUCGACUGGUCCGCCAGCUUUUCCAGGUUGCCGCCGAGAAUGCCCCUUCCAUCGUGUUCAUCGACGAAAUCGAUGCCAUCGGUACCAAGCGUUACGACUCGACAUCGGGCGGCGAACGUGAAAUCCAGAGAACCAUGUUGGAGCUGCUGAACCAGCUGGAUGGUUUCGACGACCGUGGAGACGUCAAGGUCAUCAUGGCCACCAACAAGAUCGAGUCGCUUGACCCUGCUUUAAUCCGUCCUGGCCGUAUCGACCGCAAGAUUCUCUUCGAGAAUCCCGACCAGAACACCAAGCGCAAGAUCUUCACGCUCCACACCAGCAAGAUGUCACUUAACGAGGAUGUUGACCUGGAAGAGUUCAUCGCCCAGAAGGACGAUCUCUCAGGUGCCGACAUCAAGGCCAUCUGCUCUGAGGCCGGUCUCAUGGCCCUCCGUGAGCGCAGAAUGCGGGUGCAGAUGGCAGACUUCAGAGCUGCUCGUGAAAGAGUUCUGCGCACCAAGCAGGAAGGCGAGCCCGAGGGCUUGUACUUGUAACAUAACCGCAUAUUAUCUGGCCUAAUUUGCAAGACUUUUCAGAUUUGGGCGGAUUGCGACUGGGAAUGGAUUUGACAAUUCAGCCUUGUGAUGUCGAUAUCCAGCCAUCACUAAGCGUACCUUAGUUUGAGUGAAGAUGAAGGGAUACCGUAGCGUUUUAUCAUGGAGAAAGAAGAAACUUUACGGUUGGCUCCUGUAAGGGUAUGUUUUCCACGCCUUAAAUUGUUGGUUCGUUGAUACAUUCAUUGUGAAGUCCAGCUUCAUGUCAGUUGUAUCUACGCAAAACGUGAAGCCCACCACUGCCUCUCAUCCUACUCAUGUAAGCUUGACGCUGCACCUCCUACGUAUGCUAUCUCUCCCAUUGUCACCAGGCGGCAUCUAAUCUAUCCUUCUGCGUGUAUCCUUCUCUCUAUCUCUAUACAUUUAACCACCCUUUACUCUCCUGCUUGAACCAUCAUGGUCCCCAUCACAUAUUCUCCUCCCCUGCUGAUCAGCCGCACUCAAAGCCUCCACCAAGCCCAUUACCCCCUCCGACCAAACCUUUUUACCAUCCUUCGUAUCUCGCCCUCGUUCCGGCCAAGGCACAC